AUGUACACUCUUGCUCCUACACCAAAGGCCCCUGCUCCUAAACCAAACCAGGGCUCCAUCUCAUGUUUUCCUACACCAAAGGCACCUGCUCCCAAACCAAAUCAACCUACAAUGUCUGCUGCACCAACUCCUAAAGCACCUGCUCCUAAACCAAACCAACCUACAAUGAGUGCGGCUCCUACACCAAAGGCACCUGCUCCUAAACCAAACCAACCAACAAUGUCUGCUGCACCUACUCCUAAACCAAACCAACCAACAAUGUCUGCUGCACCUACUCCUAAAGCACCUGCUCCUAAACCAAACCAACCUACAAUGUCUGCUGCACCUACUCCUAAAGCACCUGCUCCUAAACCAAAUCAACCUACAAUGAGUGCAGUACCUACACCAAAGGCACCAGCUCCUAAGCCUAACCAACCUAAGGUAUCCUUUAGUUGCAAGCUUUAA